GCUUUGAGGGGGAAAGUCAAGCCAAGAAGAAUCAGGGAUAACCACACAGGAUAUUUCACGCUACCGUCCAGACUCAAUCUCCUGAGAUCAUGGCAGACUAUGAGCUGGUUUUGAAGCACUGGGGUCCAGUGGAAGCUGAUUACUCUGCUCACGGGAACCUGGUUCUGACCCGUUUAUUCACAGAGCACCCAGACACCCAGAAGCUUUUCCCCAAGUUUGGCGGUAUUGCUUUGGGGGACAUGCCUGGUAACGCGGCCAUCUCUGCCCACGGAGCCACCGUGUUGAAGAAACUUGGCGAGCUGCUGAAGGCCAAAGGCAACCACGCUUCCAUCCUCAAGCCGCUUUCCACCAGCCACGCAACUAAGCAUAAGAUCCCUCUCAAUAACUUCAAGCUGAUCACUGAGGUGAUUGCUAACGUCAUGGCGGAGAAGGCUGGACUCGAUGCUGCCGGGCAGCAGGCCCUGAGAAACGUGAUGACCACUGUGAUCGCUGACAUCGACGUCACCUACAAAGAGCUGAACUUCAGCGGCUGAAGUCACACCGGGAUUAUACGCGCCUUUACUUUUAAUGAAAAGCCCCCUUUGCAUUCUGUUUGUGAAGUAGUCAUGGCACAAAAACUAGUAGUGUUGCUUCCAAAGAACACUUUAAUCAUCAUAAAAUUUCCGUUGUAACCUUUAACUAGAUUGAAUUGUGUAUAUUUUAGAUUUAGUCGAUUCUUAACCCAGAUUUUUUGAGGUGUAGCUUUAAUCUGCUGUAAAAGAUCAUCUAAAUCCACCAAUAAAUCUCUGACGCUCUUUCUGCUCAUUACUUUUGGUCACAUCCCAAUUUUUUUUCAUUUGCUGACAUGCUGA